CGGUGCUGCGUCGAGCGCGGGGCACGCGGCGGAGGAAGCGCCGGGCGCCGCCGGGCUCUGCCGCUGGAGCGCGUGGCACGCCGCCGCCGCCGCCGCCGCCGCGGACCGGGAAGAAGCCGAGAGCAGCGGCGCCCGGCGCCUCUGGCCAGAGGGGCAAGCGGGGCGCCUCGGAAGCCGGCGGGGUGGGUGCCUCUUGCCGGCGCCCCCCCCUUCACCCCAGCCCGGGUCUCCCUCGCUUGUUGCUCAGGCCGGCGGGUCGGGACGAGAGCGGUCAAGGCGCCCCAGCCGCAGGACCAUGAAGGAGGCGAGCGGCAACUCGGGGCUGCCGGCGAUCGGCCGCUAAAGAAGCCCCCGACGGGGGACGGGAAGAGGAGCAACCAGCUCCCAUCGGUUCUACGUCUCGCCCGCCCCGGAGUCCGGGUCUCUCCUCCCGGCCGCAGCCCCAGCAGCACCCGCCGCCUGGAUAUAAACAGUGUAAGAUGGUGAACGUUUCCAGCAUUCCUUCCCUUAACUAUUUUCACCACAAGCACCCUGUGAGCUGGGCUGAGAGACAGGGAUUGGUCCAAAGGCAGACAGUUAAAGCAAGCAGGCAUGGGGAAUCAAGUAGAGAAACUGACCCACUUAAACUACAGAGAGGUUCCCACGACUGACCCAGCCGGCAUGGACAGAGACGAGGGUCCCAGAAUUGGAGUGUCUUACAUAUUUUCCAAUGAUGAUGACGAUGUAGAGCCUCAGCAGGACCCAGCAGAGCUUGGUGGAGAGCACCCUGCGUCACAGCCCUAUGACCCGCAGCUUCACGAAGUGGAAUGCUCCAUUUAUUACCGCGACGAGUGCAUUUAUCAGAAAAGCUUUUCUGGUGACCACACCCCAUCUGGUGAGGUGGGGGGUGGUGGUGGUGGGGGCCAUUUGACCACCUACACACCAGAAAACCUAUUGAACAGGUGCAAACCAGGCGAUCUGAUAGAAUUUGUGGGCCAGGCCCAAUAUCCUCACUGGGUCGUGUACGUGGGAGACUUCCAAGUGGUCCAUCUGCACAGACUCGAAGUGGUGAACGGUUUUCUCACAGACGCCAGCCAGGGCCGACGGGGGCGCAUUGCCAACCAGUUGUACCGCUAUAAACCGCUAAACCCCGCCAGCGUGGUGCGGAACGCCCUGGAUCAAGUGGGUCGCAAAGACCAGGAUCUCUGCUGGAGGAACUCCGAAUGUUUUGCCGCCUGGUGCCGCUACGGCAAGCGCGAGUUCAAAAUUGGGGGUGAACUGCGCAUAGGGAAGCAGCCUUACCGGUUGCAGAUCCAGCUGGGAGAUAAACGCGGUCACACGCUCGAGUUUCAGAGCCUGGAAGAUCUCAUUAUGGAGAAAAGAAGGAAUGAUCAAAUUGGAAAGGUGGCUGUCAUCCAAGAAUUGUCCAGCCAUCUCCAGGCAGCCGAGGCUGACAAGGAAGAGGGUGCUAAUGGCACACCAGGUGCCCGGACUGCUGCUGAGUAGCACAGUCCGGCUGCUUAAUCUUGGUGACGGAUUAAAACUGAAUCCUGCGAAAUUGAGCUGUUCUAAGCCCUUUGGGCUCUUCCAGUGCAGGUCCACUCCAAUCCCAUGUGAAGGAAAGGGGCAAAGCUGAUUAAGCAUCAGUCCUUCAGCACUUAACUCCUUUGGUGCUUGCUUGAAGCCAGCAAGUUUAUACGUUGAGGGUUAAAUCUCAGGAAAGAUCUUCCUCAUUCACUGUUUAUGCAUAAGUCUCUCUUCCCGAUUGGUACCCCUGUUCCUCCUGCUUAGCUCCUUGCUUGUUUCAAACUGGACGAGGUCCAGCAUCGGUGAACUACAGGAUUCAAUGUGUUAUAGCAAGGUCAUUUCUCCCCCCCCCUUUUUUUUGUUUGUUUGUUUUACCUCCUCCUCUGUUUUGGCAUUUCUAGAAUCUCUCCCUUUCGUUCUUCUGGUUAUGGCGUUCCAUUCUUCCUGUUCCCCAGGUCUCUCUCGUGAGGAUUUAAUGGCUAAAUUAUUGUGCAUUUGGGGGUCACAGGGUUUUUGGCUUGCUUGCGCUGAAGGAUUUGGCUGUGGCUGAAGGGCCUUUUCUGUGUGGCGUGGAGAGAUGUAAACUGUCCGCACAGAAAAUGGGAUUACAAAGAAAUGGAAUUACCCCGGAAUAAGGGCUGCAGUUUUUCAUUUAGGAACACUACCAAGAAACUCUUUCCUUUAAUUACAGUGAAGUUGGGUUAAGCCAUGACCAUCCAAUCUUUUUAUAAGUUGUUGAAGUUUAAGUGGGAAGGCAGCUAAACCUUCUUAGCACCAGUGGUUACAGCAGGAUUAAUUUGCUACAAAUCCAAGUACUGUUUGAGCACAUUAUGUAUUGUUGGAAGAGGUGACACAAGAGACAGGCUACUUUCUUGAAAAGGCAUUUUAAUCCUAGGCAGUGAAGCUGGGUUGCCUUAGUUUUACUGUUAAAAGCCUGAGGACUAGGCUCGUUAUUGCAUUUGGAAGAAUUUCUUUUUCUUGCAGCCUUUUAUUUUUUUUAUUUCUUUAUGUAUAAAAAUCAUUUAUUUCAGAAGCCCGGCAUCGUCUGUGCAUUUUUUCAGUACAUUUUUUGGGGGGGUUUCAUUCUGUAAGUCAGUAAAUCAUAUUGUCUCCAUAAACAAUAGGAAAACAGGAAAGGGAUGAUAGGCAUUGUUCAUUUUCAGGUUAGGAAAUUUCUGUCUUCAGCUCCUCAAGCUGAUUUCUGUUGAUGCUUUUUUUUUUUUUUUUCUUGGUGGACUUUUGCUUCUCUAGGGAUAUUAACACAAGGAAGAAGGAAAAAGUAGUUGUGCCCCUUGUAAAAAUGGAGGAGAUUCAAAGAUGUACCUUGUUGGCAAGACACAGUUAUAAAGCGAGAAUUGGUAAAAAUUCUGCUCGGGCAUUAUUCCUACUGACAUGAAACUGCAGCUGUGUAGUUCCCAAUUCUAUAAAAAAAAAACUCUUCAGCAUGCAUUAACUAGAAGCUGUGCUUCAGGAGUUGCUUUGUAGCUAGGAAUUUAUUAUCUUCAUUCCGAUCAGCAAAUAGAAGAAGCAAGAAGCAAGAAUUGUAUGUUUUGGUCAACAGACAACUUCCUUGCUAAUGGCUGAUUUUUCAUAAAAGCCUCUGGUUUGUUUUAAGUAGUAAAGUUGCAUAUUGGGAAGCAAAGGUGUUUGGUGUAACUAAGCAGCAUUUUAAAACACGCUUAACAAUGAUUAACCACCGCUUAAACAGACAAUAUUCUCUGCUACCUCUUAAUUGCAAAACCAGAAGGGAUGCUUUUCAAUCCCACACAUCCAAAAUGAACUCAUCUAUUACCACCUUGGCAGAGGAGUGAGUUGUGGUGGUUGGUUAUUUCUCUAGACUAGAGUAAGCAACCUACGGAUUAUGGGUUGAUAAGUGAGGGAAAGACUGUGAUAAAAGCCUUGCUCCUUUUCACUGUGUGCUUUGUUUGUCCCAGUGGUGGCUAGACAGAGCCACAAAUCAGUUUAGACAAAUCACUGAUCAUCUGAAAUGAGCUUAGACCAUGGCCCCUUGAUCUUGCAAAGAAGCAUUCUCUGGUGUCCUUUUUUGUAACAUUCAGCCAGAAGUUAGUAAUCAUAUCACUAAAGGCUGUUUUGGUAUCAAAAUGUCCCACUGUUCAAAAAAUAAAAAAAAAUCCUUCCUAUGUUUUGAAAAAUGCCCAGCAGGGGAAAAAAUGCAGUAAUGUGAUUCCUUCUGCCUAUGCUGCUUAGUUUAUUUUUGCAGUUUCCUAUAUAUUGGGACACCCAAACCAGGUUUAUUUCCCCAAUUCCUCAUCUCUAGAUUAAAGUGGUGCAAUCCAGGGAAUUUGCUACAGUACUUCAUUCGGCUGAAGGUAUAACCCGCCAUUGUCAGCCCAUAAAUUUCUCGCAUACCAAACAAGGACCAGCUUAACUUCAAGAACUUUGGUUUAUUCUACUAAUGCACUUCUGUAAUUAUGUGCAUUAAGGAAGAAGGAAGCUAGUCAGGCAGAAAGUGAGAUAAUCCAGCGCUAAUUUGCUUCCCCCAUUUGCUUCUGAGAGUUCAGAAGUUGCGAUAAGCAAAGUUGAUAAAGGUCUUAAGGAGUUACGUGUUGUGUUGGAAACGGUGUCUUUUUAGGAACCUGAUGUAUUCUGAGGUAUGUGCUCUGCAUACCAUGAUUGUCAAGCUCAUAUGCAAUAUUGUAUGUUUUUAAGCACAAAAUCUGAGUGUACCUAACUUGGCUAUUGACAAGCAGAACAGGUCCUUAAGCAGUGGUGGUGAGGGCAUCUGGUGUUACUUCUCAUGGAUGCUCAUCAAACCUUCUACAGCUGUCACUGUAAGCGGAAAAUUUGCAAUGGAAAAAUUCUGCAUAUAUUUCACAGAAUAUACACAGGAAGCAGGACUUUACUUCCAUAUUAGGACUGAUCAGCAUGGAGAACUCAUUAAAAAAUAGUAAAUGUUUACUGCUAUUAAAGAAGCCAAGAUGAUGUUCUUCCUGUUAAAUCCAGCAACUGUAUCCUAGCUUCAGAGUUGAUAUUUAGUUAUUAAUGAUUCUGAAUUUUGUAGAGAACAGAACUUAUUUCGCUAUGUAAUAGUGGUUGUAAAAUGAUAUUUUCUUACAAGUAUUUUUGAAAGGAAUUCCAUCAUGAAAAUAUUUACAUUUUUUGAAAGUUGUAUUAUUUUCACAGAGAAAUAUAUCCUCCAAAUCAAUUUUUUUUAUUUUUGUCAUUGGUAAUCUAAAAGUAUUUUCUAGAUCAUAAAUAAAGUGUACAAGAAAUGAUAGAUGUCAGACGUUGCAAAUCUAUGUAUCUGCUUGGUACUAAAUUGUAAAAUAACUGAAAAUAUUUUUCUCUGUCUAGAAUAUUAGAGAUAGUUAAAGGGGAAAGAACUAAUUUACCAUUUUUCUUUGUAAAGGCAAGAUCUACUUUAUCUGAAUAUUUGUUCACUGCUGGACAGCUGGUCAAAUUCAAAUCAAAUUUAUUUCUUGAAGUAUAGUUACACAGAUAAUUCAAACAUUCUGUGUUUUUCUUUUUAUUAAGUAGUUCCCAUGGAUAUGUUGAUGUUGUCAGACAUUAUUGAAGAACAUUAGAACAUUAUCUUAUCUUUGUAAAAGCUUUCUGUUUACAUUCUUGGUGGCAAAAUUAUGUGAAGGUCAAAAGAUAUAAUUCCACCCUCAACUUGUUGAACAAAGGAGCACUUUUUAAAAACUCCAUGUAGGUGAUUACUACAGCAUUUUUCCUACCAUCAAACUGAUUAGUGUUUCCAUGGGAAAAACCUUGUUUAAAAAUAAAAGUUCUCAAAUUGUGACAUCCUCCUCCAGGUUGGACACAGAUCAAGAGCUCAACAAGCAUCACAGGCAUGUGUUACCUCUUCUUAUUCCUCCUUUCCUUAAUGUUAGGUUAAUACAGAAGCUUGCCAUACAGCAUCGCUAUAUGCCAGAGAUCUGCAAACUUGGCAACUUUAAGACUUGUGGACUUCUAGAAUUCCUCAGCCAGCCAUGUUGGCUAGCGAAUUCUGGGAGUUGAAGUCCACAGGUCUU